GAGAAGAGAAGUGUGCAAGCAGGGGAGGGGCGGAGAGAGAGGGAGACACAGAAUCUGAAGUAGGCUCCAGGCUCUGAGCUGUUAGCACAGAGCCUGAUGCGGGGCUUGAACCCACGGACUGUGAGAUCAUGACCUGAGCCAAAGUUGGACACUUAACCAACUAGGCCACCCAUGUGCCCCACUCUCUCCCAUUUAAAACUUCCUGUUAGCUUUGCUUUAUGCCCACCUUUUUCUCCUUUGCUCCUUCAGCUCCUGCUAGACCUUGACCUUAAGAUCAUGAAGCAAAGAGAGGAGCAUGAUUUGCCCUUUAACGUUACCCUUCCCAUUUUCUUUCCUUUAGUAUUUUGGGGGGAAUGAGGUGGAAGGGGACAGAGGUCUCUAAGUUAGCUGGUAUUGCUGUAUCCUCUUUUUGUCUGUCACUAAAUCUUUGGUGGGCCUAAUUAUAAGUUGGGUGGGAGGUGCAUGGUGUUCUUCAGGGGGUCCUAAAAGAAACCUCUGUACAACACAGUUCCAGAAAUAGGAGUUAUGGUCCUGUGUUGGUUGGCCUCUACCAACCCCUUCCCCAGCUGGCUUCUAUCCUAGUAUGCAUGCUUCAUAUCCUUGUUGGGGCCUUUUGCCUGGCAAACAGCCCUCUGGUGCAGAGUAGCUGCAACAUGGCUCAGGUUUUCCACAGUAUCCACUGAACCAGUGGAAAAUUCCUACACCCUUGUUUUUGGUUUUUUUUUUAAUGUUUAUUUAUUUUUUGAGAGAGAGAUACAGAGUGUGAGUGGGGGAAGGGCAUGAAGAAAGAGGGAGACACAGAAUCUGAAGCAGGCUCCAGGCUCUGAGUUGUCAGCACAGAGCUCUAAGUCACGGAUUGUGAGAUCAUGACCUGAGCCAAAGUCAGAUGCUUAACUGAUUGAGCCACCAGGUGCCCCUUGAACACCCUUGUUUUCCGCCUCGGGAAAGAUCUAUACCAUCGCUGACUCUGUUGCUUUUCCUCAAAUAUACCCUGCCCUUCAUAUGGGCAUAGAGUGCAGUAUUGGGGGUACAUCAGCUAUUCCACAGCUUAAGCAGAUGUCCACUCAGGGAAUGAAAUAUUAGUGUUCUCUUCAUACAUGUAUCCUGUAACUGACUUUCUUGGAAUAACUGAGCUCCCCUCAGUUGUUCAAAGUCUUAGGGUCUAAACAAGAACUGUGAAUCCAUGAAAUGUGACACACUAGCCUAGCAUGUGUAGUAGUGAUUCUAGUGGCCCUGUCAGCCACUGUGCUGCUGCUUUGGGAUGCUUAACUACUUGGUAGACAGUACUGUCCUUGUUAGAAAUGACUCACAUUAUCUAACAGUGAGCUGCAAUCAGUCAGUGUAAUUGAUGAGAAUAAAACUUUCACAUUCAAAUUGGGAUGUGAGUAGAAACCUAGAUCAGCAACUUUGCUUGGUAUAAAUGGUUAUGCAUCUCUUCAUUUGAAAGAUGAUGUCACAUGCCUCCCAUAGCAUGCUAGGAGGAGGUUAGCUAUGAAUUCAGAAGUGGGGUUUACCUGUUUCUCAAGCAAUUAUAUUCCUUAGUCUAAUACACUAAACCUCCCACUCCAAAAAGGGAAAGAAAAAAGUUGGAAACCACCCAUUUUAGAAUGAGACCGAAAUGUAAAAUGACACAAUAUCCAACAGAAAAUGACAAUUUUUUUCUUUAUUAAUGUUUUGUGUCUACAUAAUACUGUAGACUAUUAAGGCCACAAAUAAAUUACCAAAAAGUUUAAACAGUUAUGAGUAUUUUAAAAGUGUCUACUUUGAUAGAUGUAUUCAGACAAGUGAGUAAAAAAAUAUUACCAUAUUUCAUUGAUUCUCUGAUCAUUUAUUCACAUUUUCUCUGAAAUUGAAGUUCAGCUUAUCAGUGACAUCAUGGAUUAGUUUAAAGCAUGUUUUUUCCCCUUUUUUAAAGGUUUUUUGUUUGUUUGUUUGUUUAUUUUGAGAGAGAGAGAGAGAGCACAAGCAGGGGAUGGGCAGAGAGAAGGAGAAACAGAAUCUCAAGCAGGCUCCACACUACUCGAACUCACCAACAGCCAGAUCAUGACCUGAGCUGAGAUCAAGAAUGGGAUGCUUAACUGACUGAGCCACACAGGUGCCCCUUUUUUCCUUUUUUUUUUUUUUAAUGGUCAUUCAUUUUUGAGAGACAAAGCAUGAGCAGGGGAGGGGCAUAGAGAGAGGGAGACACAGAACAGGCUCCAGGCUCUGAGCUGUCAGCACAGAGCCUGAUGUGGGACUCGAACCCAUGAACCAUGAGAUCAUGACCUGAGCCAAAGUCGGACGCUUAACCGACUGAGGCACCCAGGCGCUCCUUCCUUUUUUCCUUUUUUAAUACAUAAAAAAAUAAUGUGCUUUUCGAUUCAUGGUAUAUUUAAUAAAAUACAGCAGCUAAUCACCUCUCGUGCCCACUCCUCAGAAAUUCCCAUCUGGGUGUGGUCACUACUGUAAAUCAGUUUCUGUUAUAGUAGGUAGCUGCUGAUUCCUUUAAUAUUUGGGGUUGUCCUUGGUUUCUUCCCACACGGGUGUUAGGGUAUAGUCUCCCCAGGACAAGGCUGACAGUGGCCCUCAUAGUUUGAAUAUCAGUAACUGUAGAAAUAAAAUUCCAUUUAGCCACUUCCAAGAUACAAUCAAAUCAGUGGCAAAGGAAAUUGGUGUCAUAGACUCUAAGUCUAAAGUUCCCUUUUGGCCAACAAAAGAGCAGGACACAGGAUUAAGGUGAGAGAUGGUGUAUGUCUGGGAAAAGACAGGAGCCCCAAAUAAGGGUCUUUGCCCUGUAUUUAUUAAGAUCAGAAGGCUUACAAACGUGAUUGGCGGCACAAAGAGACAAACUGUGAACAUUAACUUGGGGAUGUGAGGGAAGAGGGGUAUUUGGAAGAUAUACAGUGUUUGGGGUUUGGGUCAAUAUAAAACAAAAUCCUGGCGUUGGGCAGAUGGGCAGAUGGUUGUUAAUGGCAGACAGGAGAUGCCGUGUCUAACUUAGCUAGCCUAGGGGAUGAGACAGUCAGGCGGAAUAACCUCAGGGUUAACAAGGCACCUUUUCUUUUGUUAACCAUCUCCGCUCUGGGCUGCUUCACCUGCAAAGCAGUGGUCUAUAGCUCAAUUUAUCUGUUUACCUAACUUGGCCCUUUCUUCCUGUGAAAGUAGCUUUUCUGGUACAGUACUAAAUUGGGGGGCAUUUUUGCCCUGCAUGCCUAAUUUUGUUUACCUCAUAUACCUUUGCAUUGGGAGCCUGGGUACCAUCAAGCUGAAACAGAGGAUCUGCUCCUCCACUGUACAUACAACAACCAACUGAGAAAAGAGGGCUCUGUCUUUUCUUGAAUUGUAUAUUUUAUAGAGUGGCACUAAUGCCAUAACUUAGAACAGCAUGAUUAUUUGAACAUUAAGGUAUCAUCCCAUUCCCAAAGCUAAUAUUUGCUACCAGUCACUGCUUAUCAUGAAUAGACUAAAAGCUGAUUUUUCUUUCCAUUCCACUGUUGAAGAAAGAUUCAUGGAAUAGACCAAUUAUAUUUAUAAUCGAUAGGGUCCAUGAAAACCAAAUAGGUUAAGCUCUUCAUUUUUAAAAUAGCCCCACAGAAGUCAUUUUACUCCUUUUUCCAUAGCGAGAUACUGAUUGGUACAGCCGAAAAUAGGACCCAGGUCUCCUAAUUCAGUGUCUUCCCUCCCUUCCCAUCCCCUCCUUCUGCAUUGAACAUAAUUCUCUCCUAAUUUAAUUGAUGGUUAUGCCAGGGGUUUUCCAAUGAAACAACUUAGUUUUUUCAAGUUCAGAUAUGAUUGAAAUGGAAAAAUUGGUGGUUGGCACCUACUUUUAGCUAGAUUUUUAAUUUUAUUGUUUUAAAAUGCUUGGAAACAAUACCAUUUGGGACAGGCAAAGGUAAUAUUCUUUUCAUCUUUGGACCAGUAUUGUGAAUGCCAAAAAGACGAAUGAUGCAUGCAACUUCUGAUUGGAAUUGGAACUUGUAGCUUUUGAUUACUAAUCUAGUACUUAUAAGCACCAUACCAUGUAGCUGAUAUACCCAGAGCAUAAGGCAGGAUGUCUUGAAGAGAAGAAAACCUAAUAAAACUUGCAAUAUAAUAGGGCCAGUUAAGAGUGAAUAUAGACAUAGUCUGAGGUUUCCUGUUAUUAUCUGAGAAGUGGCAUCUUGAACUUCUAGACAAUUCUGAACUUGUUUGGUUUGACGGUAAGAUCAUUUUCAAGGGAGCUGUCUUGAAGCUAAAUAAACUGAUGAGGUUUAAUUAUGAUUCUAGAGUGAUGUCUGAAGAGGUAGAGGAGAUGAUAAAGAAUUAGUUCUAUUUAAAGUUAAUGAAACUUUUCAGUUCUACAGGUAUUCAUUUUUAUUACUUUGAAAGACAUUACAUUGUAAAGAUUCAGGUGCAUACUAAUAACUAAAAUGAGAUAAACUAGCAAAAAUAAUAAUUACCCAUUAACCUAGAAUUUAUAUUAGUUUUUCAUUAAAACCGUUCUCUCCCACUUUAUUUUCUAUUUUAAAAUGUUAAAACUCAGGGCAAACUCUAGACAAAAGCAGAGAUAAAUAAUUAUCUACUAAGGAUUUUAGUAUCUCUUCAACUUAGCAUAAAAAGAUAAUUUAUUCCAAUAUACACCAUUCUUUUUGCCUUCUCUGCCAGCUCUUGUAUUACUCACUUCCAUUAUCUUAGAAAUCCUGUGCUCAAUGGCAGUUUGACUAUGAUUUGCCCUACCACCAACAUAAUUGGAGAGAAAAGAAAGUAAUUGCUUGAAUUAAUGUAUUCUAAGUUACUAAUGAAUAGAAAUGAGGCAGAAACUGUUGAUUACUGAUAUAAAAACUAUUUCACCUCCUUCUUUCUUGCUAAGAGAACCCCAGUUUAGGGGAGUAAUAACAUAUCUAGUUGCUAGAGAUAAAUCAUAAUUAGCCUAAGUCAGUCAUAGCAAUAUUGUUCCCUUUUCAUAACUGGUAGUAAUGUCUUCUCUCUCAUUCUUGAUAUUGGUAAUUUCUGUCUUCUUUUUUUACUGAUCAGUCUGUCUAGAGAUUUAUCUUUUUUUUUUUUUUUAAUCUCAAAGAAUCUCUGUUUGGCUUUAUUUAGUUUUACAUAUUUUUGUUUUGUGUUUCACUGAAUUUUUUGUUCUUUUAUCAUUUCCUGCCUUCUGAUUGGUUUGUGUGUAUAUUGCUCUUCUUUCUCUAGUUCCUUAAGGUAGAACUUUAGAUUUUCAAUUUCAGAUAUUUGUUUUCCUUUUUUAAUGUUAAUAGGGUUUGAAUCAUUUGAAAUUUAUUGAGACUUGGUUAUGGCCCAGAAUAUGAUUUUUCUUGGUAAAUGAUCCAUGUGCACUUGAGAAGAAGGCACUUCUAAAGAAUAUAUUUUAAAGUUUCUUCUCUUCUGUUUCCAGCAUUCUUUCUUUUCUUCCUCUUCCUCCUCCUAAUUGUGACAAGUAAUACCACACUGGUUGCCUGCAGAGAGGACAGCUGUGUGGUUUUGACCCAUGGGAAUGUAUUACCUUUUCAGACAAUUAUUUAAUUUUUAGUAAAGAAUGAUAAUUGAAUCAUAGUGGUGGCUAAAAACACGCACAAAAUCUACACACACAAACAAAAGGAUUAUGAGUAUCAGACCAGAAAUUAUGAGGAAUUCUUGGAAGACAGGAAAAGCGGGUGCUAUCAGAUUAGUUAAUUCAGAUAACUCAAAACACCUGCAGUAGAAAACCAAGCAUGUGCAUAGAAACUUGAACAGUUACACUGCAGAAGGUCCCCAGGUCAACCAUGUGAUUAAAGAGCUACUAUGAACAGCAGAUGUUUUAUCUGCCCUGCUCUGAAAUGUCCCCAAACCCUACUUAAAUUAGAAGUAAGCACUUGUAGUAUUGGACCUUUAGGCUCCCCAAACUACACUCCAAAGACAGUGAAUGAGGUUGAGACAAAUGCAGACCUGCACAAAAGAAGGGAUAAAACAGAAGCACACAUCUACCUAGAAGGGACAAAUAACUACUUUUCCAUCAUCAGAAAUGCCAUUUUUGUUUUGGCAAGAGGAAGGGUCCCUACCCUACCUACAAGCACCCUGCCGUGUACCCCCAAAGAGGAGACUACUUCUUUAUAUUGACAUACUGUGCAAUCCCGUUCCAAGGAAAAGCCUAUUAGUGAAAUGGACAUCACAACUGUACAUCAGAUACAUGCUGAUUAUGUAGGCUAAUCAAAUGUGCCCUUUAUUCCUAAAUAUGAAAGGACAAAGUUUGGGAAAUAUUUGAGGAAGGUGAAAGAGAAGAUCAUAAACUGAGCAAUUUCUGAGGUUAAAAAAAAUACAGGAAACAGAGUUACCAAAAAAGCCAAAUUCAUACUCAGAAUUUUGAGAAUUUGAAUAAGAAUGUGAAUUGAAUAAAACUAUGAGUUUGAAUAGGAAUAUGAAUUUGAAUAAGAAGGCUGAGAAUAUUUGAAUAGGAACAGGCUGUAAUAAAAGGGAUCCAUUCAAGAUCCCUUUUUUAUACCAAUAAAAUUAAGUAACUGUAAAAUGGACACAUUAUUGCAAAAUUAAAAUCUUAAACCCCAGGGGGCGCCUGGGUGUCUCAGUCGGUUAAGCAUCAUGAUCUUAGAGUUCUUGGGUUCAAGCCCUGCACUAGGCUGUGUGCUGACAGCCCAGAGCCUGGGGUCUGCUUCGGAAUCUGUGUCUCCCUCUCUGCCCCUCCAUCUUUCCCUUGCUUGCUCACUCACUCCGUUUCUCAAAAAUAAAUAAACAUUAAAAAAAAAAGUUCUUAAACGGUGCUCAGCGCAGGGUCUCCCUGCGUCACUUAGGCUCCACCUGAACCUGGAACAGAGCAUGCGCGGCCCCGCCACACCCCUUAUUCCCCUUCCCCCAAACCGGAAACUCGCCCCCGUUUCCUGUAACGGACCCCAGUUCUGUUCUAUCCCAGAGCUGUUGCCGCGUCCGAGCCCAACGGACGCUGCCUAGAGGUCUCCAUUGCCACUGAGUGCCUCUGGCUCCUCUCGCCAUUCAAGCUGGGCAAUCUUCGGGGCCGCCGCCGCCUUCGGCGUCGCCACUGCCUGUUCCGGGGUCCUCGCUUCAGAGUUGCCUUGACCUUGGUGCCAGCGCCACCAGCCAUGGCCACCGCGCCGUUCUCUGAAGUGCGCCAGAACUACCACCCUGAAUGCGAGGCCGCCAUCAACAGCCAUAUCAACCUGGAGCUCUACGCCUCCUACGUGUACCUGUCGAUGGCUUUCUAUUUCGACCAUGAUGACGUGGCCCUGGAGAAUGUCUCUAAGUUCUUCCUGCGCCAGUCCCAUGAGGAGAAGGAGCGUGUCAAGAAGCUGAUGCAGCUGCAGAACCAGCGUGGGGGCCGCCUCCGCCUCCACGACAUCAUGAAGCCUGACCGCGACAACUGGGAGAGUGGCCUGAAGGCCAUGGAGUGCGCCUUUCACCUGGAGAAGAGCGUGAACCAGAGCCUGCUCGACCUGCACCAGCUGGCCACUGACAAGAACGACGCCCAUCUGUGCAGCUUCCUGGAGACCAACUACCUGCCCGAGCAAGUGAAGGUCAUCAAAGAGCUGGGGGGCUACAUCACCAGCCUGCGCAAGAUGGGGGCCCCGGAAGAUGGCUUGGCAGAGUACCUCUUUGACAAGCUCACCCUGGGCAACAGCGACAAGAACUGAGUUGGGACUGCCUUCCCAUAGCCACAGGGUGCAUGGUAACUUCCCCUGGUCACCAUGCCGAGCAUGCAUUUUGCAGUAUUGCACUUGGAAAACGUUCCAGUUUUUUUCCUUCCAGUUUUGCCAUAAAGUUACUUGGUUGCAAUAAAGUUAUUUUGCUCCAAAAUAAAUAAAGGUCUCUGGUUGAUGUGUAUGCACAUCUUUCACCUUUUAAGUUUUAUAGUAGGUAUCCAGGAGUCUCUCCACCCACCCAACCCUAUCCAUAUGCAGCUGAGGAUCUCCAGAAAUGGAGGGAGAAGGUAUUCCAUGGGACCCUGGAAAACACAAAAUUAAUCUUCCCCUCAUAAGCAGUGUGGGUGGUGGUGGUUUAGAGCCCUGAAGAAUGUGGGAACCUAUGCAUAGUAAAAGUAUAAAAACAUUGCCUGAAAGUUAUGACUGAGGUUGAUCUGGGGAAAGAGUGAAGGAAAUGGGAUUGGGCAGGGAUUAAAAUAAAGGAGGUCUUCUACUUUACCCUGAAAACUUUUACUUUAUCAAAAUAAGUAAAUACUAAUAUUUUUUUAUUCUAGAUAGCAAGAAAGGGACCCCAGAAGCCAUUAUGGCAGAGUACCUCUUUAACAAGCUCACUGUGGGCAAUAGUGGUAAGAGAAACUUAAUCUUAGGCUGGCUUCCUACUGGAUAUGAGAGUGAUUUGCCUUUGGUCCCCUGUGCAGGACAUGCAUAUUGUCAUUAGAAAACUUUCACUUCCCCUUAUGAAUAGUGUGGUUAUGUGGUUUGGGGUAAGAUGGGUGGUUUGGGGCACUGGUUGCUGUAGAUGGAUGUAUAUGGUAAAGGUAUAGAAAAAACAUGGUCUAGAAUUUAUGAUAGUGGUUGCUUCUGGGAAAGAAUUGAAAAAUGGGAUUGGACAGGGAUUAAAAUAAAUGGAGCCUUCGACUUCAUCUGAAGUUUUUAGCUGAUUAAGUCAUACAAAUGUUAAUGUUUAUUGUUUGUCAGUAACAAUCUGGGGACCCUGGAAACUGGCAGAGUGGAGUAACUGAUUGGCAGGUUCACCCUUGUUGUCAGUGACUAUGGGAACUGUGUUUUAGGUUUGCUUCUCUGGAGACACAGGUGCAACUUCAAAUGGCCACCAGUACCAGGCAUGCAUGCUGCCAUCAGAAAACCUCUAGUUUUGGGGGUUUAUGUACACUUUGUAAUAAACCCUGUUCAGUAUAAGGGUUGAAAAUUUAACAAAGAUGCUGAACAUCAAAAUAUUUGAGAAUGACUGAGGUAAAUUGAAUCUUCUAGAAAGAAAUAAUUCAUAAUAAUAAUAAUUCAUAGUCAUAGAAGAACCUUCUAUAAUAACAAGCACUCAGUAGAAAUUCCAGAAGGAGAAAACAAGAGUUUGUGUAGAGUGGUAGACAAUAAUCAGGAAAUAAUUUUUCAAGAUACUAUAAUCUCGGGGCGCCUGGGUGGCUUGGUCAGUUAAGUGUCCAACUCUUGAUUUUGACUCAGGUCAUGAUUUCAUGGCUUGUGAGAUCUAGCCCCACAUCAGGCUCUGUACUGACAGCAUGGGGCCUGCUUAGGAUUCUCUCUCUCCCUCUCUUUCUCUGCCCUUCUGCUCACGUACAUGCGUGUACUCUGUCUCUCAGAAUAAAUGUUAAAAAAAAUACUAUAAUCCAAAUACUAUUACCAUGUAUAUUUCCUCCUUUAAUCUACUAGUGUUCUGAAUUACAUUAACAGAUUUUCCUGUGUAGAAUUACUUUUUAUUCCUGGAAUGAAACUUAUUUGAUCACUGUUGAUUUGUUUUACUAUAAUUUUUUGAGAUAUGAUUGAGAUGUAUGUAGCAUUGUGUAAUUUUAAGGUGUACCGUGAUACACUGAUAUAUUGGGAAAUGAUUGCCACCAAAGCCUUAGCAAAAACCUCUAUCAAUUCAUGUAAUUACCAUUUCUUUUCGGUGGUGAGAUUUCUUAAGAUUUAUUCCCUUAGCAAUACUUAAGGAUAUUAUAUUGUUAACUAUAAUGACCCUUCUGUACAUUAGAUCUCCAAAGUUUGUACUAUUUGAUCAACAUCUCUCCAUUUUCUCCAAUCCUUCAGCUUGUGGUAAUCAACAUUCUAAUCUGUGUUUCUGAGUUUGGCUUUUUUGGUUCCAUAUAUAAUUGAUAGAAUACAGUAUUUGUGUUUUUCUUAUUUCACAUAACAUAGUGUCCUCAAGUUUCAUCUAAGUUGUUGUAAAUGGCAGCUUUUCCUUCUUUCUCAUAGAGAAAGGCAUGAAUACCCAGAAAAGAAAUGGCUGGAUCAUAUGGUAGUUCUAUUUUUAAUCUAUUGAGGAAUGUCGAUACUGUUUUCUUUACUGGCUAUAUCAAUUUGCACUCCCACCAACGGCGCACAAGGGCUUCCUUUUCUCCACAUCCUUGCCAACACUUGGUAUUUCCUGUCUUUUUAAUGAUAGCCAUUCUAACACAUGUGAGGUAUAUUGCAUUGUGGCUUUGAUUUUUAUUUCCCUGAUGACAUGUGAUGUUGAGCACCUUUUGUCUGCCCAUUUUUUAAUUGGGUUGUUUGGUUUUUUACUGUUGGGUUGUAUAAGUUCUUUAUAUAUUAUGGAAAUUAGCCCCUUAUCAGAUAUAUGAUUUGCAGAUAUUGUCUUCUAUUCCAUAGUUUCUUUUUGUUUGUUUUACUGUUUGUGUCUUUUGCUGUGCAGAAGGUUCUUUUUUUUUUUAAUUUUUUAAUGUUUUAUGUUUGAGAGAGACAGAGACAGAGUCAAGCAGGGAGGUGCAGAGAGAGGAGACACAGAAUCUGAAGCAGGCUCCAGGCUCCGUGCUGUCAGCACAGAGCCCAAUGCAGGGCUCAGACUCACAAAACAUGAGAUCAUGACCUGAGCCAAAGUCACCACUUAACUGACUGAGCCACCCAGGUGCCCCAGUAGUUUUUAAAAUUAGUAUAGUCCCACUUAUUUUUGCUGACAUCACUCUUGCUAAUAUUUUUAUUUAGGAUUUUGUAUCUCUCUACCUUAAUAAGUAGUUUUCUUUCGGGUGUGUAAGUACCAUCUUUGUCCUGUUUAGGUAUUAAGAUUACUCUGGCCUUGUAAAAUAAAUUGAGAAAAAAUUUUUUCAUUUUUAUAUGCUUGUGCUUUUGGUAUAAUAUCCAGAAAAUCAUCUCCAGGACCAAUAUGAAAGAACUUUUUUCCUAUGUUCUCUCCUUGGAGUUUUUUGGCUUCCGUCUUACUUUAAGUCUUUAAUCCUUUUCAAGUUAAUUUUUGUGCAUGGUGUAAGACAGGGGUCCAAUUUUAUUCUUGCGCAUGUGGUUAUCCAGUUUUCCCACCACAGUUUAUCAAAGACACUGUCAUUUCCCCAUUGAGUAUUCUUGGCACCCUUGUCAAAUAUUAGUUGACCCUUUAUGCAUGGGCUUAUUUCUGACCUUUUGAUUAUGUUCCAUUGGACUGCAUGUCUGUUUUUUAAUGCUGGCAUCAUGCUGUUUUUAAUUAUAUAGUUUUAUAUUAUUGUUUGAAUUCAGGAAGUAUGAUGCCUCCAGCUAAGUUCUUUCUUGAGAUUGCUCUGACUAGUCCGGGUAUUUUGUGAGUCCAUAGGAAUUUUAGGAUUGUUUUUCUAUUUCUGUAAAACAUGUCAUUGGAAUUUUGAUAGGUGUUGCAGUGAAUCUAUAGAUGGCUUUGAGUAGUAUGGACAUUUUAACCAUAUCAGUUCUUCUGAUCAACGAACACAGGAUAUCUUUCCAUUUAUCUGUGUCUUCAGUUUUUUUCCAUGCAAUUCUUAAAGUUUUCAGUGUACAGAUCUUUCACCUGCUUGGUAAAUUUAUUCCUAUGUAUUUUAUUGUUUUUGAUGCUAAUGUAAAUGGGAUAGUUUUCUUUAUUUCUUUUUCUUGUUGUUAGUAUAUAGAAAUGCAACUGUUUGUGUUUUGUUUUAUUUUAUUUUAUUUUAUUUUAUUUUAUUUUAUUUUAUUUUAUUUUUUAAUGUUUGUUUAUUUUUGAGAAAGAGAGCAUGAGCAAGGAAGGGACAGAGAAAAGAGGGAGACAUAAUCCAGAGCAGGCUCCAGGCUCCGAGCUGUCAGCACAGAGCACGACAUAGGGCUCAAACUCAUGAACCACGAAAUCAUGACCUGAGCCAAAGCCGGACGCUUAACCAACUGGGCCACCCAGGCACCCCUGUUUUGUUUUUAUAUCCUGCAACUUUUCUGGAUUCAUUGAUUAUCUCUAAUAGGUUUUGGUGGAGUAUUUAAGACUUUCUAGAUAUAAAAGCAUAUCACCUGCAAAGAUAAUUUGACUUUUUUCCUUUCCAAUGUGGAUGCCUUUUAUUUCUUUUUCUUGUCUAAAUGCUCUGGCUAGGACUUCCAGUAUUAUGAUGAAUAUGAGUGGUGAGAGUCAGCACCUUUGUCUCAUUCCUGAUCUUAGUAGAAAAGCUUUCAACCUUUCACCAUUGUGGAUGUUGUCAUAGCUUGCCCUUUGUGACCUUUAUUAUGUUGAUGUAUCUUUUCUAUACUCAAUCUGUUGAGAAUUUUUAAUCAUAAAUGUUAAAUUUUGCCAGAUGCUCGGGCACUUGAGUGGCUCAAUCAAUUAAGCAUCGUACUUUGGCUUGGGUCAUGAUCUUGUCUAAAUCAUUGUUUUCCAAGGACUCCUGAACUGUGGCCAAGAUGGACGGGAGCCAGUUGACAGGCCACUAUAGGGUUCAUACCUGGGAACAAAGUCUAUAUGCCCUUUACCCAAUGCACGAGUGGUUUGACUCUUCCUGAGUCACUUGGCAUAUGGAGCUGGAUCAUCCUACAGCUCCCACAAAGCCACUUUUGUCUGUGGGAUGGAUGCUAAAUGAUUCUUGGGGUAGGGGGUGCAAAAACAACAGAUGUCUUAUUACACCAUGCUGCUGACAUCACUCUUGCUAAUACUUCUAUUUAGGAUUUUGUAUCUCUCUACCUUAACAUGUAGUUUUCUUUCAGGUGUAUAAGUACCAUCUUUGUCCUGUUUUGGUAUUAGGAUUGAUUACUCUGGCCUUGUAAAAUAAAUUGAGAAAAAAUUUUCAUUUUUAUAUGCUCUGGAAUAGUUUUCAUAUUAUAGGUGUGGUUUUUUUUUUUUUUUGUUCUAAGAAGAUUUAGUAGAAUUCACAUUAAAAUUAUUUGAGUCUUGGGGCGCCUGGGUGGCUCAGUCUGUUAAGUGUCUGACUUCAGCUCAGCUCAUGAUCUCUUGGUUCAUGAGUUUUCUGCUGUCAGUGCAGAACCCACUUCAAAUCCUCUGUCUCCCUCUCUCUCUGACCCUCCCCCCAUCUCUUUCUCUCACAAAAAUAAACAUUGAAAAAAUUAUCUGAGUCUCUUCUCUUUUUAAAGAUAGAUGAUUUUGUUUCUGUAAACAAUGGCAUUGGGAUUUUUAGGGAUAACAUUGAAUCUCUAGGUUGUUUUGGGUACCACAGGUGUUUUGACAGUAUUAAGUCUUCUAUUCCACAAACAAGAUAUAUCUUUACAUUUACUUGUUUCUUUAAUUUCUUUCAGCAAAGUUUUGUGUCACAUUCAUUGAUUAUCUUAUGUUCAACUAUCCUCAUGCCCCAAGGAUAAAUCCCACUUGGUCAUGAUGUAUGAUCAUUUUAAUGUGCUGUUGAAUUCAGUUUGUUGAGAUUUGUUGCAUUUAUAUUCAUUAGAAAUAUUGGCAUAUAGUUUUAUUGUAGUGUCUUUUUCUGGCUUUGGAAUCAGAGUAAUACUGGCCUCAUAAAAUGGGUCUGGAAGUGUCCCUGCUUCUUCAUUUUCCUGGAAGAGUUUGAGAAAGAUUGGUAUUAAUUCCUCUUAAAUUCAUUUAGAACCACAAAAGACCCAAAUAACCAAACAGUCUUGAGAAAAAACAAAGCUGGAGGCCUCACACUUCCUGAAUUCAAAACAUAUUACAGACUUACAGUAAUAAAAACUAUAUGGUACUGGCAUAAAGACAGACAUAUAGACCAAUAGAACUAAACAGAAAGCCCAGAAAUAAACCCACAUAUAUAUGGUCAAAUAGUCUUCAACAAGGAUGCCAAAAAUCCAUAAUGGGGAAGGUAUAGUAUACUCAAUAAGUACUGUUGGGAAAAUUGGAUAUGCACAUGCAUAAGAAUGAAAAUUGAAACCUAUAUUACACCAGACACAAAAAUCAACUCAAAAUGGAUUAAAGACUUUGACAUGAGAGGAAGGGUAGGCAGCGGGCAAAGGGAAUCACAUUAGAGCUACUGAUAAAAUUAUAGCUAAAAUUGAUAAAUCAUCAUGCACUUUGCCAUUGAGACUCUCAAGCUUUCUUACACAUUAGAAUUAGCACCAGACUACAUCCUAGGCCAAUUAUAUCAGUCUCGGGGGGCAGGAGCUAGGCAUUCCAGGCACUCAAACCAAUGUGAGCACCUUGCUCCUCAAAGUGUUCUCUAUGGCAAGCAGCAGCAACCUCACCUGAGAGCCUGCUAAAAUUCAAAAUCCCAAGACCCAUCCCAGACCUACAGUAUCAGAAUCUACAUUUUAAUAAGAUCCCAGGUGAUGAAUAUGUGUACCCUGACAUUUGUGAAGCACUGAUUUAUCAUCCUAGAUUUCAACCAUGGCUAUAUACAUUGGGAUAAACUGGAAUGCUGGAAAAUAAUACUCAUACUCAGACUUAAACAACUUAUCCCAUUAUAUCUUUAUGAAUAUACUGGAACAAACACACUAAAAACUUAGUGUAACUUCAACAAUUAUUCAAUUGGCAAAUAUUUAAAAAGAUUUGAAAACCCUAUCUAAUUUCUACUGAUGUUGGAUAUGUGCAUACACGCUCAAAAAUUUUUUUUUAAUUCCACUAUACUUAACAUACAAUGUUAUGUUAUUUUCACAUGUUCAAUAUAGUGAUUCAACAUGUUUAUACAUUACUAAGUGCUCAUAAGAUUAUAAUUUAUUUUUAUGAUAAGUGUACUUUUAAUCCCCUUCAUCUAUUUUACCCAUACUCCCACCCUCCCCCCUACCACUGGUAACCAUGCGUUCUCUAUAGUUAAGAGUCUGGUUUUUUGUUUGUCUCCUUUUUCUUUGUUAAUUUGUUUCUUAAAUUCCACAUAUGAGUGAAGUCAUGUGGUAUUUGUCUUUCUCUAACUUAUUUCACUUAGCAUUACACCCUUUAGUUCCACUGACAUUGCAAAUGGCAAGAUUUCAUUCUUUUUUAUGGCUGAGUAAUAUUCUUUUAUAGAUGUACUAUAUCUUCUUUAUCCAUGGACACUUCGGUUUUUACCAUAUCUUGAUUAUUGUAAAUAAUGUUGCAAUAAACAUAGGGGUGCAUUUAUCUCUUUGAAUUAGUGUUUUUUUUGGGGGGGGUAAAUAAUUAUGGAAUUACUGGAUCACAUGGUAAUUGUCUUUUUAAUUUUUGAAGAGCCUCCAUACUGUUUUCUGCAGUAACUGCAGUAGUUUGCAUUCCCAACAGUGCACAAGGGUUCCUGUUUCUCCACAUCUUGCCAACACUUAGUGUUUCUUGUGUUUUUAAUUUUAGCCAUUCCAACAGGUGUGAGGUGAUAUCUCAUUGUAGUUUUGUCUAGUUUGUCUGAUAUAAGUGUGGCUUCUCUAUCCUUUUUUAGGAGUCCAUUAGCAUGAUAGAUGGUUCUCCAUCCCCUCACUUUCAAUCUAGAGGUGUCUUGAGGUCUCCUAUGUAUCUCUUGUAGGUAGCAUGUAGAUGGGUCUUGUUUUCUCACCCAUUCUGAUACCCUUGUAUAUUUUGACUGGAGCAUUAAGUUCAUUUACAUUCAGAGUAAUUAUUGACAGAUAACAAAUUAGUGCCAUUGUGUUACUUGCAAAGUUGCUGUUUUUGGAGGUUUUUUCUUUUCCUUUCUAGUCUUUGUUGCUUUUUGUCUUUGCCACUUAAAGGGUCCCCUUUAAUAUGUUUGCAUGGCUGGUUUAGUGGUCACAAACUCCUUUAGGUUUUGUUUGUCUGGGAUGUUAUUUAUCUCUCCUGUUCUAAAUGAUAGCCUUGCUGGAUAAAGUAUUCUUGGCUGCAUAUUUUUCCCGUUUAGCACAUUGAAUAUAUCAUGCCAGUCCCUUCUGGCCUGCCAUGUUUCUGUGGAGAGAUCUACUGCUAACCUGAGUUGUCUUACCUUGUAGGUUAGGGAUUUCUUCUCCCUUUCUGCUUUCAGGAUUCUUUCCUUACCUCUAUAUUUUGCAGAGUAUACUACAGUAUGUAUUGAUUUUGGCCGGCUUUUGUUGAAUUUGAUGGGAGUUCUCUGUUUCUUGGAUUUGGGUGACUGUUACCUUCUCCAGAUUAGGGAAGUUUUCAGCUUUAAUUUGUUCAAAUAAACCUUCUCCCCCCUUUUCUCUCUCUUUUCUUCAGGGACUCCUAUGAUAUGAAUGUUAUUAUGCUUUAUGGAGUUGCUGAGUUCCCUACGUCUACAUUCAUGAUCCAGUACUUUUCUUUCCCUCUUCUUUUCAGCUUCAUUAUUUUCCAUAAUUUUACGAUCUGUACCUCUGAUUUGUUCCUCUGCUUCACCAUCCUCAUUGUCAUUGCAUUUAGUUGGUUUUGCAUCUUGGCUAUACCAUUUUUUAUUUUUGCCAGGCUGGUUUUUAUUUCUUUUAUCUCUGCAGAAAGGGAUUUUGUAGUGUCUUCUAUGCUUUUCUCAAGCCCAGCUAGUAUCCUUAUGAUUUUUGUUUUAAAUCCUGGUUCAGAUAUAUUACUUACAUGUUACUUAUAUCUGGCCAUGACCUCUUCCAGUUCUUUUGGAAUGAAUUCCUCCAUAUUGGCAUUUUGCCCAGAUCUCUGUCUUCUCUGUGUUAGGAAAACCUGUUAGGUUUCCUGCUCUUGAGAGUACUGGCUUUAUGAAGAAGAGGUCAUAUACUGUCCAGGACUUGGCACUUCAAGAAGUUUGUGCUGUGUGCACUCUGUUGUGUUUAGGUUGCUCUUUCCCUGUCAGUCCUCUGCAGUCCUCUCCUUGCUUGCAGUGUGGAGUAUUUGGACCUAGUCUGGUUUGUGGCAAGUUUUAACUAGGUGUGUUUUGGUCUGCUAAUUAGAAAAGUCUAGAUCCUAUUUCCCCUAGAGUUGAAGCUUUGCAGCACUCUAUGAUCAGUAGACUUAGUGCAUGUGGGGAGUUUUUGCUGGUGUUCUGCGGGAGGGGCCUGUGUGUUGCUUCUUAGGGAGACUUGCCCUGCAUGAUGCAGUCAGUGGAACAGGGCUUGAUGUAAACUGCUCCAGCCUUCACUGGGGGUGCUGUGUUCCUCACUGAAGUCUGUGCUGAUGGGCAAUAGGAAAAUAGCAUCACCCUCUUCUCUCAAUGCUGGAGAGAGGUGAUUGCCCCUGCUGCUGUUCAGGAAGCCCUCACAGAAGUACAAUCUCCCCUCUUUUGUCCCAGCCUUCCAUCAGAACCCUGUCUUCAUUCUAUGUCUGAGUUGUCCAUGUGCGUGUACACACACUCCUGUGUGUACUGUGUUGCUGGGUUUCAAAGUUCCAAAUCUUAGGGACCUGGCAUGGCACAAAUACUCAUUGAUCCUCUGGGGGAGGAUCUUGCCACACUGGGUCAUGCUGGUUUCUUGCAGAAAAGCAGUCGCACAGCCAUGUGAGGCUAGGAGUUUACAGUAGAGCGCAUCCAAUAGCUGGCUUCCAGGUCAGCAGGUGCCUCUGAUGCUAUGCUAAUUAAUGGGUCAGCUCAAUGGCAUCCGCCUUCUCUCCUGUCCCUUGAGAGACAGUGCUGCCUCUCCCAAAUGCACUUCAAGAAGAGGAACUAUUACUCUUCGUGCAACCCACAGGAUCCUCAGACCACGCUGUCCACUUAAUGGGCCUCUGUCCUCCCUCCCCACAGGAUCACCACUAAGCCUGUCAGGCAUGACCCUGGUGAUGGCACACAUUUGUAAAACUGCAGACUUUGAACUCUGCUGCUUAUAAGGACAGCCCCUCUCUCUUUCUCAGUCACUGGUUUUGGGGAAGAGUUUUUAUUGUGCAACCCCCUAUGUGCUUUCACUCUUUGUUUCUCACUCUUCUCUCCGUGAUCAGGGCUCCCUUCCCUCUGCAGCACCCACAGUUCUUUUCUCCCCUAAAUCAACUCUCCACAGCUCCUACCUUCCCUGUUGUAGCCAUUUUUUUCUCCCUCUAGAUGUGCAGUUUGUUCUUUGAGCCCUCAGAUCAAUUUCUUGGGUGUUCAGAAUUAUUUGGUAUUUACUUUGUUGUGUUUGAGGCAGAGGGCAAGCAUAGGAUCCCCCUACUAUUCCGCCAUUUUAACUCCUCCCCUAGUUCCUAUGUCAUUUAUUUCUGCUCUCAUCGUUAUUAUUUCCUUCUUUGUACUGGUUUUGGGUUUUGUUUUUUCUUGUUUUUCUGUUCCUAUAGGCAUAAAUUUAGGGUUUUGGGGUUUUUUUUUUUUUAGAUUUUUCUAGGUUUUUGAAGUAGGCCUGUAUUAUUAUAAGCUUCCCUCUUAUUACUGUUUUUGCUGCAUCUGAAAGAGUUUGGACCAUUGUGUUUUCAUUUUCAUUUGUUUCCAUGUACUCUUUGAUUUCACAUCUGACCCAUUGAUUGUCAAGUAGCAUGUUAUUUAACCUCCAUGUAUUUGUGCUCUUACCAGAUUUUUUCUUGUGGUUGAUUUCUAGUUUCAUAGCAUUGUGGUCAUAAAAGUUACAUGGUAUGACUUGGAUCUUUUUGAGUUUGUUGAGACUUGUUUUAUGGGCUAUUACAUGAUCUGUUCUGGAGAAUGUUCUGUGUAUACUUGAAAAGAAUAUGUAUUCUCUUUAAGGAUGAAAAAUGUUCUGAAUAUAUCCAUUAAAUCCAUCUAGUCCAAUGUGUCCUUCACAGGCACUGUUUCCUUGUUGAUUUUCUGUUUGGAUCAUCUGUCCAUUGAUGUUAAGUUAGGUGCUGUAGUCCCCUACUAUUGUAUUAUUAUCAAUUAGUUCCUUUAUGUUUAACUGUUUUAUGUAUUUGCGUGCAGCUGUGUUGGGUGCAUAAAUAUCUUAAAAUGUAUCUUCUUGCUGGAUCGUCCCCUUAAUGAGUAUGUAGUGUUCUUUCUCUCUCUCUCUCUUUUUAAUUUUAGAGAGACUGAGUAGGGGGAGAGGGGCAGAGAGGGAGACAUGGAGAGAAUCUAGGCUUGAUCCCACAAUCCUGGGAUCAUGACCUGAGCCAAAAUCAGGAGUCAGAUGCUCAACUGACUGAACCACCCAGGCACCCCUCUUUAUCUCAUUACAGCUCUUAUUUUAAAGUCAGUUUUGUCCAGUGUAAGUAUUGCUGUUGCUACCCAAGCUUUCUUUUCAUAUCCAUUUGCAUGAUAAUGUUUCUUCAUCCUUUCACUUCUAAUUUGCAUGUGUCUUUAGGUCUGAAAUGAGUCUUUUGUAGGCUGCAUAUAGAUGCAUCUUUUUUUUUGUCCAUUUCAUCUCGCUAUGUCUUUUACUUUGAGCAUUCAGUACAUUUAUAUUCAAAGUAAUUACCGAUAGGUAUCUAUUUUUUGCCAUUUUGUUACUCGUUUUAUGGUUGUUUUGUAGUUCUCUCUCUGAUUCUUCCCUUGCUCACUUCUUUCAUGAUUAGUUGGCUUUCUUUAGUGAUAUAUUUGGAUUCCUUUGUCUUUAUUUUUUGCAUUUCUGUUACUGAUUUUUUGAUUUGUGGCUACCAUUCGUAUAUAACAUCUGCUACAUAUAGCAGUCUAUAUUAAGUUUGUGGUUUUUUAAGUUUGAGCCCAUUUUUUACUGCUUUACCCCCAUCCCCACCACAUUUUAGGUAUACGGUAUCCUAGUUUAUAUCCUUUGUUUUUGUGAGUCACUUGGCUAAUUUUUAUAGAUGUACUUAUUUUUACUGCUUUUGUGUGUCCUACUUAUUCUCAUAGUCUUUCCUUUUCAGUCAGAGCAUCCCCUUUAUCAUUUCUUAUAUGGCUGGUUUACUGGUCAUGAAUUCCUUUAACUUUAGUUUGUUUGGGAAACUCUUGUCUCUUCUUAUAUUCUGAAUGAUAGCCUUGCUGGAUAUUCUUAGCUGCAGAUUUUUCCCUUUCAGUAUUAUGAAUAUAUCAUGCCACUUGAUUCUGGCCUGCAAGGUUUUUGCUGAAAAAUCAGCUAAUAGCCUUAUAGGCUUUCCCCUCUAUUUAAUUAACUAUUUUAUUUUCUCUUGCUGCUUUUAGAAUUCUCUCUUUAUCACAACUUGUUGCCAUUUCAAUUUCUGUGUCUUGGUGUGGACUUCCUUGGGUUGAUUUUUUUGGAGUUUCUCUGUUCCUCCUGCAUCUGAAUUUCUGUUUCCUUCCCAAUUUGUGAAGUUUUCAGAUAUUAUUUCUUCAGAUAAAUUUUUUGCCUCUUUUUCUCUCAUCCCUAUAAUGUGAAUGUUACUAUCCUUGAUGGAAUCACUCAGUUCCCUAAGUCUGUUCUCAUUUUGCCUAGUUUUUUCCCCCCUCACCUGCUCAGCUUCAUUACUUUCCAUUACCCUGUUCUCCAGGUUGCUGAUUUGUUCUUCUGCUUCUUCUGUUUAUUCCAUCGAAUGUAUUUUACACUGUAUUUAUUGUGUUAUUUCUGAUAGAUUCUUAUGCAUCUCUUUGUUAAGGGUCUCACAAAUGUUCUCCACUUUUUUCUCAAAUCAAGUAUUAUCUUUAUGAUCAUUUUUUAAUUAUUAUUUUGAGAGUGAGAGAGUUGGGGAGGGGCAGAGAGAGAGGCAGGGAGAAGGAAUGCCAGGUGGGCUCCGCACUGUCAGUGCAGAGCCCGAUAUGGGGCUCAAACUCAUGAACCAUCAGAUCAUGACCCAAGCUAAGUCAAGAGCUGGACACUUAACUGACUAAGCCACACAGGUGCCCUUGAGCAUUACUUUAAAUUUAAUCUAUCAGACAUAUUACUUAUCUCCAUUUCACUUAGGUUUCUUGCUGUGGUUUUGUCCUGUUCUUUCAUUUGAGACAUAUUCCUCUGUUUCCUCAUUUUGUCUAUCUGUGUCUGUUCCUGUGUUAGGAAUGUGAGCUAUGCCUCCUCCUCUUGAAAGUAGUGGUCUUAAAAAGAAAAGGUCCUAUAGCACCCUGUAAUGUACUGUCCCCUGCUUACUAAAGUCUGAUGCUUCAGGGGUACCUCUUAUGUGUGUAGCAUGCACCUUGCUGUUGUCAGCUGCUUUUUCCUUCAGUCCAGUGAUCAGCAGGAGCUUUCUUUGACUGUUGUGGCAAUGUUUUGGCCCUGUGGUGUUAGUGGACCAGUCUGGCGCUGCCUUGGGCUUGAGUUGAGUCAGACCAAGCAUUUGCCAGAGAUGCAGUAGCACCAAACUGCAGGGUGCUUUCCCUGCCAUGUCCUCUGAGAAGCUUUCAUUGUAAGUUUUUAUCAGACCAGCUCUCUGCUCCUAGCCUACUGCUGGGUCUGUAGUCUGACUGGAAUGUGUGGUUACUUUUCCCUCUCCCUAGGGCAGGCAUCAAUUUGGAGUGGUAUUGGCCCCUGUUGGGGCUUCUUACACACUGCCAGACUUCUGGCCUGGUUUGAUUGGUGUCUGGCCAUGAGCAAUUGGAAGGGGUAGAUCUGCAAUGUGAGCUGUGGGGUGGUUGGCCAGUCCUGUUACCAAGAUUUGCAUGCCCGAGGCCCUCUGCAGGAGGGGCCUUGCAGACCCCCAGCUGACAACUGAAUUGGGCCUGUCUAGAAAGGGGCAGAUCUGCAAGAGUUGGGGCUGUGAUGUAAGUAAGGUAGUGAAUAUCAGCUGCCUGCUGGUUCCUUCACUGGGUGGGGAGAAGGAAAUGGUAUCUUCCAGCUCCUUGGUUCUUGGGGAAGACCCUCAGGGAUCCCUGCCCCUCCAAUUGAGAAGAGUAAACAAUUCUCCCUCCUGUAUGAUCCAAGUAUUUUUCAAACUACUGCUUCUAUGCUGUAUUUCAGAAGGCUGUUUGUUGUUUUAGCUCUUUGUGGGUUAGGGACUCCACUUUCUCUCACCCUCCAGGCUCUCAUGGAGCCAAGCCCCCUGAUUUUUAAAAUUCUAGGCCUUGGGGCGCCUGGGUGGCGCAGUCGGUUAAGCGUCCGACUUCAGCCAGGUCACGAUCUCGCGGUCCAUGAGUUCGAGCCCCGCAUCAGGCUCUGGGCUGAUGGCUCAGAGCCUGGAGCAUGUUUCCGAUUCUGUGUCUCCCUCUCUCUCUGCCCCUCCCCCGUUCAUGCUCUGUCUCUCUCUGUCCCAAAAAUAAAUCAACGUUGGAAAAAAAAAUUUAAAA